ACUGAUAGGCCGAUAAUCCAAUAAUUAAGUCGGAUCGUAGGUGUGGAGAAAAAUAUAAUCAAGUGCAUGUAAAUUUAAAAGAAACGUUUAAAUACGCUUUUGACUAACCAACAACGAGAUCUUUAUUGAAUUAUUGGUAAUUUACACUUAACGGUAUUUGGGGUCCGGUUAGCGUUAUUAUAUGAACAUAUUGAAAUAUUUGCUUUCAUUUGCUACAGGCUUUAUAUACUGAUCCGACCACACGAGGAUUUUAACAAAUAUCAAUAAUGAAGUAAAACUCCAGGAAUUGGUUUUCAAUUGGAAAAAUAUUUUAUUGUUGACUUCUGUCGUAUUCACAGGUGUUACGAUAUGAAACAAGGAAAAUGUAAUAAUACUUUAUAAACUGGAAAAUAAAUUGUAAAUUUAUAACUUUAACUCUAAGAAAUGAUUUUUUCACUUGGAUAAGGAUACAUUAUGAGAUUCUAUUUAUUGUGUUUACUAGUCCUAUUUCAAGGUGCUCAGUGUUUGUACUUUAAGCAAUACAGAUACAAGUUGUGUCCUACCGUUUCAAAUCAGGUUCUAGUAGACAGUUCUCUGUGUGUUCCAGGAUCUCUGAAAUAUACUGUUUCCCGUAAUGCUUUCACCAUAGAUUCAAAUGGUUUGGUGACUGCAUUUCAUGCCAAACAAGGAAUAAAUGAUUUAAUAAUUAAAGCAACAUGCACAGAAAAUGGACACAAAAGGGAAGCAACUGCUCUGGCUGAUGUUAUUACAAACUGUGACCCUUCUUCAGUGCCAACAGAUAAAAAGAACCUUUUGUGCUUUGACGGAACUCUUAUAAAUUUUACGAUUACAGAAAACGUUUUGAAGUCUGUAUUGGGAAAAUUAUCUGUAUAUUCAGGAAUUAAUAACAGAUUCACCAGAGAGUACUUUUUUGUUAAAACAGAUCAACAGAGUUCAACAUUUUUUGGGAUUAAUUCAACAACCUCAGAAUUUUCUAUUUUGACACCACUGGACUAUGAAUCUAAAAUUUUCUGGACAUUAAAGGUCAUAUGCCAGUUGACACAAGAAAAGCUAAGUAGGAAUUACACUGCCAACUUGAAUGUCAUAGUUCAAGAUCUGAAUGACAGUCCGCCACUUUUUCAAGACGGAUCACAAAUCAAGUCAAUACUUGUCACAAACGACAAAAAGAUUAUUGAUUUCAUCGUGAUAGAUAAAGAUGAUUUUGAAUGUGCCAAGUUUUCUGUACAAGUAUUCGGAGACCCUCUGGGCAUUUGUCACGCUGUACCACCUACUGGAUUCCGGGUACAAAACGAAACAGUUUGUAGAUUAAUUGUUAACAUUAAUAUUACCAGGCCUAAAGUACCACUUCCGGAAGAAUAUACGUGUAAUGUUGCUUUUAUCGACGAAGGAUAUAUGCUGUCAUCAAAUGAGACAAGAUCCGAUAGAGUAAUUUUAGAGUUACGUUGGCAGAAAGGUACAACGGCAGCUAACAAUAAAAGCAAAAUGAUUCAGCUGCGAAUAAAUAGAAGUGCAAGUCAGCUUACUCAGGUAUACAAGUUUCCUGAACACAUCAACAAAACUGUCUUUGUGAUGAAUCCACCAAAGCAUGCCUUUGAUAUAACAAGUGGUAUAAUUUACGUUGCUAAUGCUGAAACGUUACGACAAAGCGAUAUUGGUGUUAAAAUAACAGUUAUCUCACACCCGGAUAAUUUCCAAACAGAUUUGUUUAUCUCUGUCAUAGGACAGUAUCAUGUCUUGAAGACUGACAAGCCAUGUAAUGAGUCUUGUUCUCGCUUUAUGUAUAAGCAAUAUUGUGAAACUGGUUGUGGCCUUGGUGCACCAAAUGGGAAAUGUGUCUGGCGUCAGGGAAAUGAUGGAGGUGGUCUUGAAACUAAAUAUUCAACAUGUUCUCCAACUUUACAUACGUGUCCAGAUCAAGUCUGUGACCCCUUAGAAAAGGCAUUUCAUUUAUUAUGUCCACAAGAUUGUACAACUGAAUCUGCUGGGAUAGUGAAGAAGGAUCCUCUGACAGGUAGAGGUAUUCUACAAGCUACUGGACCUUGUUGGUGUGAUUAUAAUGGGAAAUGUUCUUGCUUUGAACCUCCCCCUUUUAAGUCAACUACACCAAGUACGGUGAUUUACAAACCUGGCAUACAUAAUAGUAGUACAAAAGAUAGGAACCAAACCAUAGAUAAUGUUAGAGUUGAUCCAGUAUUGGAUGACAAACUUAAUAACAGUGAUCAUACUAUCUGUGAUAUAGAUUGUAAAAUUACCAUAGCAACGAUAUGCGGAUGCAUCAGCGCGCUUGCAUGUUUGUUUGUUCUUGUAUGGAAAACAAGAAGAUUUAAGUGUCAGAGGAAUAAAACACUAAAACAUGUCGGAAGUGUCGCAUCAAUGUCUGUUAUACCUUCGGAUUAUUUUGACGAUAGGGAUUACAGGACGACACACUCUUCACCACAGUAUGGCCCAUAUUACAAAGAAUCGUACAAUAGCAGCGUGUCCCCCGAAGAUGCAAAAUGGGAAUUUGAAAGGGAAAAUUUACAAUUAGACACAACUCUUGGUGAAGGAGAAUUUGGGAAAGUUGUCAAAGCUAAAGCAUUCAACUUAGACGGAAAACAAAAUUAUACUGAAGUAGCAGUAAAAAUGCUCAAAAAUUGUGCCUCUGGAGUUGAACAACAAGCAUUAUGGUCGGAGUUCAAUUUACUGAAAGAUGUUCAACAUCCUAAUGUUAUACGAUUACUGGGCGCAUGCACUCAAAAUGGUCCAACAUAUCUUAUAGUGGAGUAUUGUGAACAUGGAUCUUUGCUUAGUUACUUACGAAAUUCUAGACUUGAAGAGAAUGGUUAUGUUAAUCAGCGGUAUAAACCGUCAAAACAUAUAUCAAACCCAAAAGAACCGCCCGAACUUCUAACAAUACGGGACUUGCUAUCCUUUGGUUGGCAGAUUGCAAAGGGGAUGAAAUAUCUGAGCGAAAUCAAACUUGUACACAGAGAUUUAGCAGCUAGAAAUGUACUUGUUGGUUCAGGCAAAGUGUUAAAGAUAUCAGACUUUGGUUUAACUAGAGAUGUAUAUGAAGCUGACACAUAUCUUAAACAAAGCAAGGGAAGAAUUCCAGUAAAAUGGUUAGCACCCGAGUCACUGUAUGCACAAAUAUAUACCACACAAAGUGACGUAUGGUCCUUUGGUAUUGUUUUAUGGGAAAUUGUUACUCUCGGAGCGCCUCCAUAUCCGGGUGUACCACCAGAACGUCUUUAUAACCUAUUAUUGGCGGGCUAUCGCAUGGACAGACCUGAAAAUUGUUCUGAUGAGCUAUAUGCUGUGAUGCAAAAAUGCUGGAAAACAGACCCACAGGAUAGACCAACAUUUUCAAAACUUGCAGAUAUAUUUGAUAGAAUGUUGCAGCAAAGAACGGAGUAUCUAGAACUUACGGGUGGUUUUGAGGAUGACACAUCAGACCUUUUUGGUAGUCGAUAUGCUCCCUCAGUAUCGGGAAUUUCUAUUCUUGGCAGUCGACCUUUACCUGUACAUUCCGAACACACACCUGUCGACUCCAGGAACAGUGGAAGUUCAUAUCUUACGCCAGCAUUAACAAACCCAAUUGAUACAAACACGAGUUUUUCAGACUCUACGUUGUCAAAACGUGAACAAAGCGAAACUUCAGAAAUGGCGUCUUUACUGAUUGAUAAUAGAAGUAAAAACCCUUUUAUUAAUGAAGGUCUAGUCAGUCCCAAAGCAGAACAAACGGUUGUGUAAACAAAUAUAUAUUGUGAUGUGUACAUAAUGAAAUUGUGUAAGUGAUCUAGUCUUGCUUUUCUGUGAUGGAGUUCAUAUAUACAUCAUAACAUAUAUAUAUAAUUAUGCAAUUAACUUCAAAAAAAUUAAUUGGUCAAUGUAGAUAUUGUAAUAUACAGUCUUAACAUUUCAUUUGAGUUUAUUGUGAGAGACCGUAGAAAUGUUAUAUAGUAUAAAACGUGCUUAUACUCCUCGUGAUGUGUAUCAGUUAUGACUUACGUUAGGUUAUAUGACUAUAUGUACCUGAUUUUUUUAUUGAAACUCAAGAAACAAAAGAACAUGAAUGCAUGUUCAUGUUUUUAAUAACUGCACUUACAUAUUCUGGUGCAAACUGUAUUUGUUCCGUGCAAGGUCGAUCGAAUAUUACUUAUACAAGUACUGCAUGUUAAAUUUGAAAGAUAGAUGAUUUAAUCGUGCAGCGAAAGCUAAAACUUGCAAAUUCUUAAUUUUAAAUGGUUACCUUACUUUACUAGCGAAUUUCCUCUCGGUAGGAUCUUAUCCUUGGCCAGUACUGAAACGUAUAUCAAAAUAUGUUUAAUUGAUAUAAAGCCUUAAAUUGUACGUUGUGUGUGCAAUAACUGUACAUUGUAAGUGCAAAUUGAAAUCAAUCAUUGGAAGUUCAAAGAGCGUCUGACCGAUUGACCUUUGUAAUUAAUUAUGGCUUUAUACCGUCAAAUUUUCGUUCAUGUGACACAAUGCCAAACAGUGUAUAAAAUAUGUUUUCAAUUUAGACUUGUUAAAAUAUAACUUGUAUAUAUAUUUGAAAAAUGAUUUGUAAUGUACAUAGAUUUAUUUAUCCUUUGGGACUAAUUUCAUAACAUUUCUUACGAUAAAAAAUACUCGUAAGUCAUGAACAUUUCAGCAUAACUUACGAUCAAUUUUAGUCGUAAGAUUUUUGUGUGAAACGAGCUACUGGUCUUAUCAGUAAGACACAAGAUGAUAUUAAUUAACUUGAUGAAUACUUCUUGGAUGGUGUAGCUGCUAUAUAAAUUACAAUUUUCAGAAUCAAAUGCAUGUCAAGUUUGAACAGGAGCAAAUGAAAACAAGAGUGCCAUUAUCUAUCAAAUAAGCGUUAAUCAUUUUCAAAAUAAGGUCAGCAAAUCGAGCAUAGAAAGUACAGACAGUAUAUUAUGCAUACAUGUAACCAUAUUUAUUACUGUCAAAACAUUUUGUAAUAUAACUGAUGCCUGAUAAAAUAUUGUGAUAUUAGUUUCAUGAAUAGUGUGACUUACUAGAAACGGGUAUGUAGAUGGUUAGUUCUCAAACUCAUGUGAUUUACGAGGUUUAGUUCAUUUUCUGAUAGUGAAAAUAUAAUGGAUAUCAUUUAUAUGCAUUAUAUAUCUUAAUAUAAAGUUAUGUUAUUACUGUAAUUAUUUCCAAUGACUGGUCGUGGCUUUUAUUACAACGCAAGUAUUGACUCAUGUGUAAUAUUUUCCUAAAUUAAAUUUUCCAUGCAAGAAUACGAAAAAAUGGUGUUUAGAACUUCGAGAACUUUUUUUUUGGAAUUGAACCUAGCGUAAACCUUAUUCUGAGAAAACGUUUUACUCAUUUCUUUUUUCCGUUUACUCAAUUUGGACAGGUGUGAAAAAAUAUGAGAAAACUGAUAUUUACUCUUGAACCUCUUCGACUUUCUGUUAACUCAAUUUUGAUGACUUUGCAUCUGAUAUUCGAAACUGGACAUUAUUGUGAAAAAAAUUAAGAGAAAUUUGCACUUUAUCUUUACCUCUUUGACUUUCCAAUCGCGAAUUGAUAAUUUUGCAACCAAUAUUCAAAAUUAACUAAUAUAGGUAAUGCAUUACAAAUUAAAUUGUAACAUAUUUGUCUUCAGAAAUCAAAAUAUCUAUCUUUAUUUUAUGCAUUACUACAUUUGCUUACAAUAUUUACGGGUAUCGGUACAUUCCAGUUAAUUUGUUAACAAUCUGUUUGAAAAAGAUACCUGCACACAAUUCUUUAAAUUUUAUUUUUCUAAUAAGGAUGCAGUGAAAGAGAAACUUACAUUUGGAUGAACCUAUGUAACAAUAACAAUGUUCAUGUACUUUUCAUCCUGAAUUUCAGCUUCUACAGAAGGGGAAAGGUGUACAUAUAAAUGGCUUUUAUUUGUAUUGAAAGAUUUUUUUUCAUUUUUACAUCAUUGUUUUUGGUAUAUCAAGCCCAUAUUCGCAAACAAUUCCGACAAAACAUAUGUGUUUGAAUAAAACCAACGUUUAGUAUGCAUAAAUAUAAUCAUGUAUGCAAAAAAUUAACAAACACAAAAUAAUCAUAGAGUUCAUAUUGUUGUUAUGUUCAAUUGUAAAUUGGAAUGGGUUUGCUUAACAGUGUAAUGGAAAUGUAUAUUAAUAUUCUACAUUUGUUGUCAAUGAUUUGAAUAAAUGCAGUUUUCUGACAA